AUGGCAAUCGGCAUUAGCGUGGCGGCAUGGUUUGUAUCGAGUCUUCGCGACAAAGAACGCAUGCGGAAUGAGGCUGCGGAGGAAGUUGCGCAACUGAACCCCGAGUCCUCGCACUUUUACGGCGCGAUUCCACGCGAUGAGCCAGCGCAGGAGCCGACAUGGGAUUCAACGGCAGCACAAACCCCCGAUUCCGCGGCAAAAAAGGUCUUCCAAACAGAAAAUGCUAUUCUUGUUGACGAGGCGCUCACGCUCAAAGAUGAGCUGUACACAUACACGCAGGUGGAACAGCACGAAGUGCAGCGUCGGAACAAGCGCAUCCUCGAACUCGUUGGUUCGUUACUCCUUGUUUUGAUGUACUUAGUCGGUGCAGGUACAUCAAAUGCAGAAUGGGAACGCUCUUGGCUCUUUGUAUGGAUCUACUUUGCCGUAUUGUCGACAGCGGCCAUUAUCCAGCGCAGGUCGUUCUUUUUCCAGAAACUGCUUCUCACUACACUAGCGUCGAUCGUCUCACUCUCCAACCUGCGCACAUCGCUUCUUUCCUCAGGCGUAAAAGCUAUCACUGUCAUGACCGUGCUGCAGACAAGUGUCGUGCUCUUCCUGCUGGGGCUAAGUUGGACGUCGCCAUUUACGCAAGCGCUCUCGUCAGAAAUGGAGGCGCUGUACGAGACGAUGCACAAGCGUACACUGUAUUCUGAAAUCCGCACAGCCGUGCCGACACCCCCUGAAAAUGCACAGAACAAGCAAACAGAUCUCGAUCGACUUGUGCCUUCCUACUCAAAGAGUCACGGACCUGUGCUGCCGCCGCCAGAGCAGCAUGCGUCACUGCUAAGCCGUUGUCUCUUCAUAUUUGUGCAGCCUAUCAUUUGGAAACACUUUUUCAAGCCGAUUACGCUGCCAGAUGUACCGCAGCUCAUGUCCAUUGACCGAUCGCCAUCAGUCAUUGCCAUGUUUCGUAUUCAUAAUGGACCAGAGACAGCGCGCCCUCUGUGGCUCCGACUUGUUCGUCACUUUGCAUGGUCCUAUGCGUACCAAGCUCUAUUUGCCUUCUUUGCCACGAUUCUAACACUUGCGCCUGUCUACUUCCUCUCGCACUUACUGAACUUCUUCACGCAACGUGCAUCUGACGGUGCCGAGGCAGCUCCGAUGCACAUGGGUGUGCUGUAUGCAUCCGGCAUGUUUGUGAGCCAGGUGCUUUUCUCUGUAUGCCAAUCGCAAUCGCUCAUGACGGGCCGACAUAUAUGUGUGCAGAUUCGCGCAAUCCUCACAUUCGAGGUACUGAGCAAGACCAUCCGACGCGGCGUCAGUAUUAACAAAAUGGACGGUUCGUCAGCAACGCCGAAAACGAGUGACGACGACACAGAGGAUGACGACGCGCCCGUAACAGAUGGAGCAGUGAUGAACCUUGUUUCAGUCGACGUGAACAAGCUGAGCGAGCUUGCUGCCUACAGUCAUUUCUUGUUCCCACAACAGCCAUUGUCUGUUUUGUUGGGUGUUGUGUAUAUCGUCAUGCUCCUCGGUUGGUCAGCCGUCGUCGGUCUUGUCCUGCUGGUCGUGGCUGUUCCGAUCCAGACCUAUCUGUCUCGCGUGCUUGUUUCAGUGGGACUGCGUAUGCUGCGCGCAACAGAUGAACGAUUGAACUUGACAAAUGAAGUUCUUGCGUGCAUCAAGACAGUCAAGUUCUUCGCUUGGGAAAAACCAUUUGAAAAGCGCAUGAACGAAGCGCGUCUGAAAGAGCUCGGUCUCUUACGUCUUCAGUUCUUCUUUUCGAUCUUGAAUCACCUGACUUUCAUCGGCACACCCAUGCUAGUGACAAUGGCAACAUUCGGCGCACACACAAUUCUUUUCAAGCAGGCGCUGACGGCGCAAAAAGCAUUCACAGCUUUGGCACUGUUCAAUACCCUACGGGGACCACUGGCUGAACUUCCGAGCAUGAUCCAGUGGCUGCUUUCAGCUAUUGUGUCUGUUCGCCGGAUUGAUAACUACUUGUGCGAACCCGAUACUCACAAGUAUGAGCAGCUGCUUGGCGAACACUCCCGUGCAGCGCAGGACGUUUGGAUAGACAGGCCGCUUGACAAGGUGGGCUUCGAUCAUGCCACUUUCACAUACGGUGCUGAGCCAGAAAAGGCGCCUGAAGAUGGUCGUUUCAUGCUCCAUGAUCUGUGCUGCCAGUUCCCUGUCGGCAAGAUCAGCAUUGUGGUGGGCCCCGUUGGCUCGGGGAAAUCCUCAAUUCUUCUUGCCAUGCUGGGUGAAAUGCAGAGGAUUCGGGGAAAAACGAUCAUGCCAUGUCCCAUUGCUCGUUCCUUAGUCGAGCCGGAUCCUAUCAGCAAGCUGACAGAGUCGACAGCGUAUUGUAGCCAAAGCGCAUGGCUUUUGGGUACGACCAUCCGCCAGAACAUCCUUUUUGGCACCGCAUAUGACGAAGAUCGAUACCACGAAGUGUUGCGAGCUUGUGCAUUGGAAGCUGAUCUAGAAAUUCUCGAACACCACGACGAGACAGAAGUGGGUGAGAAAGGUACAUCUCUGUCUGGCGGGCAAAAGGCUCGGAUCGCUUUGGCACGUGCCUUUUACUCGUAUGCAAAGCAUAUUUUGAUUGACGAUGCGCUGAGUGCCGUUGAUGCUCAUACGGCCAAGCAUCUGUGUAAGCACUGUUUCCAAGGACCACUUGCACAAGGUCGUACCAUCAUCUUGGUAACCCAUGCUGUAACGCUCAUGAUUCCAGCCGCUGCCUAUGCUGUCGUUAUGGAUGGCGGACAUGUUGCAGCGGAAGGAGCGCCGAAAGACCUUCAGGCCCAUGGCCAUAUCGAGACGCCCGUCGAAGUACAAGACGCAGAGUCCAAGGACAGCAUCGAGACACGCCCCAUCGAUGAGCGUGAGCUUGCGGCGCGGAAGAAAAAAACUGACGAGCAAAGAGCUCGGAAAGCACUUGCCGAUAAGAAUGAAGAAAAGCUGUCGCGCUCGCAGUCCAGUGCUUCUCUAUACUGGCUGUAUAUGAAGUCAGUCGCUCGUUCACCCUAUGUUGCUGGCGUUGUCUGGAUCGCACUGAUGAGUUUGUACAUAAGUAUCCGUGCAAUUGAUGUGAGCAGCGGAGCGUGGUUGCGGCAGUGGGCCGGUUCUUAUGAUCAAGUCACAACGACAACAUACAACACAGUGCAUUCAUGGGUCUUGGUGGCAUGGCACGCUCAGUCAGGCACGGUGCACGAUGACAAGACCUGGUACUAUCUAAAGGGCUAUGCCUCCAUUGUCUUGGCAUUCAUCCUUGUUAGCUUCUUCACCGACGUCGUGCAAUAUGUGUCCUCGCUGAAAGCAUCACAGCACCUAUACAGCCGAUUGAACAAGGCGCUGCUUCUAGCAACGCCACUCUUCUUCGACAAGACACCAAUCGGACGCAUCAUGAACCGCCUGUCUCGUGACAUGGAGGACGUUGACCAGGAACUGUGUCCGAUCUUGCAGAUGACAGUGGAGAACUUUAUUUCGCUUGUGGCCAUUGCGGCGGUGAUUUGCUGGGCUACACCAUACUUUUUGUUCGUCCUUGGAUUCGUCAUGGCGCUCUACUACAUGAUUGGUGCCAUGUAUCUGUCUUCAUCGCGUGACCUGAAGCGUAUCGAAAGCAUCCAACGCUCGCCUCUCUACACGGUGGUUGGCGAAUGCAUUGCAGGCACCAUCACUAUUCGUGCGUAUGGCGAUGGCGAGCGUGUCAUGCGGCAGUGUCUCAGUCUUAUCGAUAAGUGGAACCGUGCAUUUUUGCUGCUCUGGUAUGAAAACCGCUGGCUCAGCAUUUGCUGCGAUCUCUCAGGCGCCGGCGUGACGCUUAUAGCCGCCCUCUUUCUCCUUUUCGGUGGCGCAGAUGCCGCACUCGCUGGUUUCACGUUGUCAUAUGCCAUUACCCUUGUUGAAGUUGUAUUAUGGCUUGUUCGCUUGUACACAAAUACCGAAAUUCACAUGAACUCGGUUGAGCGCAUCGGCGAGUACAUCACCGUGGAACCUGAACGUCAGGGCGGCCUAGAACCACCAGCCCAUUGGCCCACCGACUCAGGUGCCAUUCAAGUCCGAGAUUUGUCCGUUCGCUACAGCCCAGAGCUCCCCCCUGCUCUUUCGAACGUGUCGUUUGAUAUCCAGCCCGGUCACAAGGUCGGCAUUGUCGGUCGCACGGGCAGUGGUAAAUCUACCCUAUCCCUUGCCUUCUUCCGCUUCCUCGAAGCCGAGUCUGGUUCCAUCAUCAUCGAUGGCAUCGACAUUUCCUCCAUCUCCCUCGAGUCUCUCCGUCGCCGUCUUACCAUCAUUCCUCAGGACUCUCAGCUUUUCCGCGGCUCUAUCCGAUCCAAUCUCGACCCCUUUGGUCUCACAGAUGACGGCGAUAUGUGGUUCGCUCUACAGCGAUGCCAGCUCGCCGUCCCUGGCUCAUCUCCCAAUGUCCCCGGCGAGGGAAGCGUCAUCAAAUCCCUCGACGACGCCGUAGAGCAGGGCGGCUCUAACUUUAGUGCAGGACAGCGACAGCUCUUGUCUCUUGCUCGUGGCCUGCUCAAAAUGCGCGAGAGCCGGAUCCUGAUCCUGGAUGAAAGCACAGCAAAUUUAGACGCCGAGUCAGAUGCCCUCAUCCAGCGCACUAUUCGCGAGCAAAUGGCACCUGGUGCGACUAUCCUAACAGUUGCACACCGACUCAAGACAAUCAUCGAUUACGACAAAGUGCUUGUCCUUGGAAAGGGACAUGUACUCGAAUACGACUCGCCUCACGUAUUACUAUCCGAUGAAAGCAGUACAUUCUAUAAGCUCUGUGAGCAAAGUGGUGAACUAGCGACCCUUAAGGCUUUGGCGGCCGAACAUGCUCAGAGUUCGCGAUCAUGA